GUGAUAUGUGAUAUGUAUCUGUGUAUCUGUGUUGAUCGGGCUUUUCUAAUCACCUUCAUUCAAAAUAUAAAUCAUAAUUCCACACGUGUUUGUCUUCAUGUGUCUUUCAGACAUCAGCGAAGAUGUUUGUCCUGAGCGGCUGGAUGCAGAACCUUAUCACAUCAAAGAGGAAGAGGAGAAAAAAGAGAUCUCCCACUUAAAAGAGGAAGUGGAGCAGCAGGCCCAAUAUAUUAAAGAGGAGGAGCUACAGCACCCUUGCACGAAAGUGGAGGCGGAUGAGCCCCCUAACAUCAAAGAAGAGGAGUAGGAUAUCUGCAAGGUGCCAUUUCCUGGUGUCCUUCUGAAGACGAUUAAUGAGGCGGACAGAGAGGCUCGAAGCAGCAGCUCAUGUCAUCACUUGACAACAAAAAGUGUUGGAAUCGACCAGGAAGAAUCAAAAGCAGAUGGCCUCUUAGCUCCACGAUCAGAUAGUGACAACACGUCGUCAAAUGCAGAUGAUGAUGAUGAGGAGGAGGAUGAAGAUGAGUUUGAAGGUGAUCUGACAUAUAACACACACAACAAACCCUGGAAAUGUUCUCCCUGUGGGAAAAUGUAUGCUUGUAAAGGUGCUUUGGAAUUACACAUUAGACAACACACUGGUGAGAAACCGGUCACCUGUUCAGACUGUGGCCGGUUUUUUUUUUGUAAGGGAACCUUAACAGGUCACACAAGAUCCCACACUGAUGAGAAACCUUUUUCCUGCUUAGUUUGUGGCCAAAGAUUCUCUCAAAAGGGAAGUUUAAAACGUCACACAAUAACCCACACUGGUGAGAAACCUUUUGCAUGCACCGACUGUGGGCAAAGAUUUUCUCACAAGGGAAACUUAAAAAGUCACACUAGAACACACACUGGUGAAAAUUGUGUUGCCUGCACACUUUGUGGCCAAAGAUUCUCUCAGAAGGGACACUUAAAAUAUCACAUAAGAACACACACUGAUGAGAAACCCUUUGCCUGCACAGUUUGUGGCCAAAGAUUCUCUCACAAGGGAAACUUACAAACGCACAAAAUUAUCCACACUGUUGAGAAACCUUUUGAAUGCACCAACUGUGGGCAAAGAUUCUCUCUGACGGGACACUUAAAAAAAUUACACAAGAACAUACACUGUUGAGAAACCCUUUGCCUGCACAGUUUGUGAACAAAGAUUCUCUCAGAAGAGAAGCUUAAAACACCACACAAGAACCCAUACUGGUGAGAAACCUUUUGC